CCAUGGCAGGGGAUGGAACUGCAUGGGCUUUAAGAUCUCUUCCAACCCAAACCAUUCCGUGAUCCUCAAAGCAUGACAAUUGUAAGAUAGACGCUGAAUUUAUUAUAUUACAAAUGAUUUUAUUCCCUGAGCCUGUAUAGCGCAUAGCUUAUUAAUAUGUCCAAGCUUUUCUUUGCAACCAGAAAAGCUGCCAGGCUGGUAGUCAUUGGCAAUUUCUCCAAUCUCACAGCUGAAGCUGUGAAUAAAACACUGAAUAUCACAAGAAUUGUAGUAAAACUUUAACUGCUGGUAACAUCGUUUUGUGUACAUUAGAAUCUCCCCAAUCCUGCACUUACUGUGUGUGUAUGACAAAAUACAAUCGGAAAGGAUAAAAACAGCUACUACUGAGUUUUUUCCUAAUGGCCAAUGAGAUCCAGUGAUCUUCUCACACAAAGUUUUUCCUGUGUUCUAGGGAAUCUUUUCAUGGUUUCAUGAGGUGUAUAUAAAUAUAUAUAUAUUUAUGGAGCUGGAUUGCAUUCUUGCAAAACCACUGGCAAAAUUCCCAUGGAGUUUCAAGGGGACAGGAUCAGCCCUUUAAUGUUUUAAUAGUUUUCUGACUUCUUAUUGGCUAAAGGACAAGCUGCAGUAAGCAGACUUGCUGUGAAGUUUAGAGUAAAUUCUCUCUGCCUUUAAUCAGAAAAAAACAAAUGUAGUUGGGGUCUAGCAAGUGUAGACACUUUAGGAGUCUUUCUCACUUACUUGCAAGAAGAUUCAUGAAGCAGUUCCACUCCUAAAAGAAGAAUUUUUUACUUUUUUUGUCAUUGGAUAGGGUGUUACAAUUGAUCAAUAGGAGAGGGAAAUAGCAUCAUAUCAGGGACGAUUGAUUAGAAUGGGCAUGGUAACACUUUUUGGUCUCUGUUCCAGCAUGGGACUCUGGUCCCGAAUAUCUCCUGCACCUGCCAGCUCUGUCAUGAUCUUGUUUCUAAUGAAACAGGCCAAAGGAUCUCUGCUGGAAAAAACCACUACUGGAUGGAACAAAUAUAAACAAGAAUGCUUGAAAAUGCUGCGGGAAUCAACUGUAGAUACUGGAACCUAUUGUAAUGGAACAUUUGAUCAAUUUGUUUGCUGGCCUUACUCACCCCCAGGAAAUGUCUCUGUUCCCUGUCCCUCGUAUUUGCCUUGGCUGGAGAACGGAAGCAUAGGAAAUGUAUACAGAGUCUGCUUGGAUGAUGGGACUUGGCAAACAAGGGAAAACUCCACAGACAUUUGGCGCGAUAGUUUAGAAUGUUCUGAGAAAAAUCAUUUCAAAAAAAAUGAAGAAGAACAUAAAUUACUCACCACAUUACAGCUAUUGUACACUAUAGGAUAUUAUUUUUCACUCAUCUCACUGGUGUUAGCCCUCCUUAUACUUUCUUUACUCAGAAAACUUCACUGCACAAGAAACUACAUCCAUAUGAAUUUAUUUGCAUCUUUUAUCCUGCGUGCCGCAGCAGUUCUUAUAAAAGACACAGUAUAUUACAAUAUUUACUCCAAAAGACCAAAUGACGAAACCGGAUGGAUAUUAUACCUCGGCCCUGAGAUCGUAAUCAUUUGCAGAACUGCUCAGUUCUUCAUGCAUUACUUUGUUGGGGCAAAUUACUUUUGGCUCUUAGUAGAAGGAAUUUACCUGCAUACAUUGUUGAUAACUGUUGUACUCUCAGAAAGACGACUGCUACAGACGUACAUCGUGAUAGGAUGGGUUGUUCCUAUCCUGUUCGUGGGCCCUUGGGGAAUAAGCAGAUCAAAACUGGAGAACACAGGGUGCUGGGGAACAAAUGAACACAUGGGAAUCUGGUGGAUCAUCCGCGGACCAAUGUUGUUUUCCAUUACAGUUAACUUUGGCAUCUUCUUAAAAAUUCUCAGGAUGCUGAUUUCCAAACUAAAAGCUCAGCAAAUGAGCUUUCAUGACUACAAAUACAGAUUGGCGAGGUCUACACUUGUGCUGAUUCCUUUGCUGGGGAUCCAUGAAUUCAUAUUUACCUUCAUCACUGAUGAACAGGUGCAAGGACUUUCAAGACAUAUAAGACUUUUCAUUCAGCUGACGAUGAGCUCAUUUCAUGGUUUUUUUGUAGCAGUGUUAUAUUGCUUUGCUAAUGGAGAGGUGAAAGCAGAGCUCCAGAAGCAGUGGUCACGCUUCCUGCUGGCAGAUCCCUUUGGCUGUAAACAUUGCUUUCUUGGGGAAAACAUAAAAUACCUCAGGAAAUGUUCACAGAAAAGGAAAAAGCAGCAGCUGGGCAGCAAACACCACUUGCGCCUGGAGGCGAGCGAGCCCUGGGGCACGCAGCUCCAGCAGGUGCUGGUGAAGAGGAGGACAGAUCCCAGCCCACAGCCAGGCUGUGCUCUCCAGGCUCGCCCCCAGGCCAGCAUGUCAGACAGCAGUGAAGGAGAGUUCACCACUGGAGAGACAACCGAGGAAGUAUUCGAAGAAAGCGAGAUUUAGAAAGCUCUCCACUAGGACAGCACCUUCCAACAGCCACAGGAUUUGGAAAGCCCUUAUCUUACCUCCAGCCUGUAGAGAUCUCUGCAAUCUGCAAGGAGGAAGCAGCUAAUAUCCCAAUUUUCCCAGUUUUCUUAAUCUGAGAAAAAUGUUGGUCUGGGUGUUGCUGAGCUGUGUGGCUGGGAUAGAAGAGCUUUGAUGGGUCAGAAAAUGCUUUGAUUUGAGCAGUCUGGAAGAUAACUGAUGCUGAAAGACGAGUAACCAGGAGAGCAUAAUGUGAUCUGGAAGUUAGUAGGCUCUGGACGCAAACACUGUGUCCCAGUAACUCCAUACAUACAUACAGAAGUUGUUUGUUUUUCUCUUUCAUAGGGAUGUUUCAUAGAUACAUAGUUGAGUCCCCAUCCCUGAAGGUACUCAAAAGAUGGGUGGAUGAGGUGCUCAGGGCUAUGGUUUAGCGGUGGACAGGUACGGUUGGACUCAAUGAUCUCAAAGGUCUUUUCCAACCAAGCAAUUCUGCGAUUCUAUGUGUUUCAUAAAUAAAGAUAUAUGUGUAGGAGUCUUUUCUCUCCGCAGAGCGGAGUCAUCAUUUCAGGCCAAACCAGACACGUUUUGUGGAAGGGAAGAAACAAACUUUUCCUUUCAUUUUUAAGCAUCUUCACUUAAAGUCUAGUGCUGAAUAUGUCAUUAUGAAGUGAAAGACCAAAAUGUUUUCUUUGGAAAGUGCUCAAAUGAAAAGUUUUGAUACAAUUUUUGUUUGCUCCUUUUUGUUUUCACUGUUUGUUUGACACAAGCCACCCUUCUGCAGGUUUGUCCCCCCCUGUGGCCUAAAGAACAAAAGAGAUAAGAGGUGAGUGCUGCUACCUCCUUCCUCCCAGGGGACCCAAAAUGACACGGGACUGUAGUGGCACCAAAAGAAUAUUGUGAAAUCCUUUCCCAGCAUUCAACAAGAAUCAAGAUGAAAUUUUAAUUGUCAUAUACAGCUCACUCACAGACCUAUGAAAGCCAAUUACGUUUGUUAACGUUCUAUGAGCUGGUCUCCGAACUCGCAAACGUGAGCCAAUGGGCAUACUGAAAGAGAAAAAGAGGAAGGCAGCAGAAAGAUAAGCGGGCAAUGUCUAUCUACAACAUACAGGUAUCCUCCAGACAAGUGUAUAACUAGCUAGACUGCAAUGAGUUACACAGCACUGGUUAUCACAGAAUCACAGAAUGGUCUGGGUUGGAAGGGACCAUGAAGGCCAUCCAUCCAACCCCCCUACAGUGAGCAGGGACACCUUCAGCUCCCUCAGGUUGCUCAGAGCUCCAUCCAAACUGACCUUGAAUGUUUCCAGGGAUGGGACACCCACCACCUCUCUGGGCAGCCUGGGCCAGGGUUUCACCACCCUCAGCGUAAAAAAAGUCUCCCUAAUGUCUAGUCUAAAGUUUUAGUUUAACACCAUCAUCCCUCAUCCUGUUGCUACAGGUCCUGCUAAAAAGUUUUUCCCCAUCUUUCUUAUCAGCCCCCUUUCAGUAUUGAAAGGCCGCAAAAAAAUAUUAUGAAUUUUACAUAUACUUCACUGGUGAGAACUCUAUUUUAACCUAAAUGCCUGCAAAUGUAAUAAAACACAUCCUGAGCAACUGGCUGUAGGGGGCCCUGCCUGGGAAGGGGAGUGGACCAGGUGGCCUCCAGGAGUUCCCUCCAACCUCAAUUGCUCUGUCAUUCUGUGAAAAACACUGUAUAUCAAAGAAAUAAUCUUCAGGGCUUCUCUUGGGUUCUGUUCGCAUAUUUUCUCUCCACCGGGUGUCAGCCGUGUAGCUGCCCUUAUGGCUUCCUACAUGUCCCCAUGGGGUGGCUUUGCCCUUAGACCCCUGCUGCCAGCUUUAUACCCGCAAAUGGUAUAUAUUUUGAGAUAGGUCGCCUAUAUCUUCAACAUCUUGUUUGAGCAGACUAAGUUUAUGCACCUUAUUCAAUGUACCAAUGCUUUUAAAAACUACUUAUCAGUCUACAAAUAUAUGUGUAAAUUUUGCCAGUUGUGUUAUACUGUUUUCUUGCAAAGAACAGAUACAUUCAUUGACUCGCAGUAGAUCAAGGACACUUUUGGACCAUGGCAUUGCUGGUACUUUUCAAAAAUAGUUCUGUCAGUGUUAACAACUUAACCUGUUUAACCAAUACAAGGUUGUAUAUUUCAGUAAAAUAUUAAUAAAACAUAAUUACUUGAUCCAUUUGAAAAUAUAGCUGCAGUUUUAAAUGGCUUUUUAAUAGAAUGUGCACUUUGCUUGCAUCACAUUUUAGUGCAGUGGAUUUCUUCACUACACAUUACAAGCACCAGUCCCUACGUAUCAUAGAAUCAUGGAAUGGUUUGGGUUGGAAGGAAACUCAAAGCCCACCCAGUCCCACCCCCUGCCAUGGGAAGGGACACCUCCCACUGGAUCAGGGGCUCCCAACCCCAUCCAACCUGGCCUUGAACCCCUCCAGGGAUGGGGCAGUCAC